AUGCCCAGUUCAAGGCGUGCCAUUUUGGGGCACAUCAUGUCCGGAUUGUGCACGAAGAUGAACCGCACCAAGCCUGUGCCCGCUGAUGUCAUGGAGACGCCCUUGAAGCGAUGCCUGACCACCUUUGAUAUCGCACUUUUGGGAAUUGGACAUAUGGUGGGUGCGGGCAUCUAUGUUCUAACUGGAACUGUGGCCAAGGAAAUGGCUGGACCUGGCAUCAUUUUGUCGUUUGUGCUCGCAGGAUUCGUCUCCAUGUUGGCGGCGCUGUGCUACGCGGAGUUUGGCACUCGCGUGCCCAAGGCCGGAUCGGCAUAUGUCUACACCUAUAUAUCAAUCGGUGAGUUUUGGGCAUUCGUCAUUGGCUGGAAUAUACUGCUGGAGCAUAUGUUGGGCGCCGCAUCGGUGGCACGCGCCUGGAGCGGCUAUGUCGACUCCAUGCUGGGCGGCUGGAUAGCCAAUACGACGCUCUCGCUGAUGGGCGGCAUUCAUGAGCCCGGCCUGGCCCAAUAUCCGGAUGUGCUGGCCUUUCUCGUGUGCAUUGUCUAUGCGGCGGCAUUGGGCAGCGGCGUCAAGGCGACUGCCGUCUUCAACAGCAUCCUGACCCUGGUCAACAUUGGCGUCAUGAUGGUAGUCAUCGGCGUGGGCUUCUGGUAUGCGGACACCAAUAACUGGUCCGAGGCUCAGGGCGGAUUUCUGCCAUUCGGGUUUGGCGGUGUGAUUGCCGGCGCUGCUACCUGUUUCUAUGCAUUCGUUGGCUUCGAUUCGAUAGCCACAGCGGGCGAAGAGGCCAAGAACCCGUCCGUAUCCAUACCCAUUGCCACCGUGCUGUCCCUGUGCGUUGUCACACUCGGCUAUAUACUGGUGAGCGCCGCACUGACGCUCAUGAUACCCAUCAGUGACAUUAAUCCGGCUGCCUCGCUGCCGGAGGCCUUCGGGCAACUGCACCUGCCCUGGGCCAAGUACAUAAUUUCGAUCGGAGCAAUCUGCGGCAUGACCACCACGCUGCUGGGCUCCCUAUAUGCCCUGCCCCGCUGCAUGUACGCCAUGGCAUCGGAUGGUUUGCUCUUUAGCUGCUUUGGCCGCAUUAACGCAAGCACCCAAGUGCCUCUAUUGAAUCUGAUCGUCUCCGGGCUGCUGAGUGCUGCCCUGGCAUUGGUGUUCGACCUGGCCAAGCUGGUGGAGUUCAUGUCAAUUGGCACUCUGCUCGCCUAUACUAUUGUCUCCGCCAGCGUUAUAAUAUUGCGUUAUCGACCCCUCCCACAUGUGGGUACUCCCAAUCCCGUUUAUGCGCCCGAUACGCCCGAUGAUGAGAACGACGAGGAUGCCGAUUCACAGUCCAGCAUUGACACAGCUUCGCCCACAAGCGAUCUCAUCGAAGGCGCCCUUGCGGGUCGCCUCAAGCCACAGUUCCGCUGGCUUGAUCCGCUGCUGGGUCGCUUUGCGCCCGGUUCUGUGGUAUCCGUGGCGGUGUUGCUGUUCGUUGUGUUGAGCUUCGCCAUCUGCUUGGAGCUGAAGGUGUCCUGGGCGCAGCUGUACACUGGCACCUGGUGGGCAUUGCUGGUAUAUGGUUUCAUCAUCUUUGCUGCCAGCACUUGUGUCGCCAUCAUGGCGGUGCAUAAUCAGAACACGCGUGGCCUGAACUUCAAGGUGCCACUGGUGCCACUCGUGCCAGCACUUGGCAUAUUCAGCAACAUAAUGCUGAUGGUGCACCUGGACGCGUUGACCUGGGUGCGCUUCUUUGUCUGGGUAUCGAUUGGCAUGGUUGUCUAUUUCCUGUAUGGCAUGGGCCAUAGCAAAGAGGGCGAGGCCUGUUCCUCGUACUCCAUUCUGAUGACCUCAUCGGAGGCAGGUAAACUGAACUGGGGAUCCUUCAAGGGUUCGAAGAAUACUGCAAAGCAUACCGUUCUGGAGCGUUUCCUGGGUCGCAGGAAAUUGAAUGAUAAGAAACCCAUUGUCGAGGACGAGACCGACGAAAAUGCGGAUAGUCCAAAUUAAAGCACUUACUGGGGACAUUAUUAUAUCAUCUGUAUUUAGCAAAGCACAACGGUCUGUGACGAAACAUCCUCGGCUAUUAUUCAAUUGACAUCGAUCGAAAACCAUAUUUAAAAAUAUUUAUCGCUCGUUGAAAGUAAUAUGUCAAAAGAACACAAAUAAAAGUAAUUUAUAUAUGUUUAA